AUGUCGGAGCGACAGGCACUGCUGGCUCUUGUCCCCGGGGUCAAGGAUGUGCACCUGGAUAAAGCGAUGCGGCGGGAGCUGGCGCUGCCCUCCCCUGAGCCUGUGGAGCCCCUGGACGGCGGGCUCGUGAGGAAGCGGCCUGGACGCCUGCAGACGCGACCCACCAUCGGUCUGUGGGAGGACGACUCGGCCGACAUGGCAUACGGGCGUGAGCUGCUGGCUGCUGCCGGGCCCACGCUCCCUGUGCGCCUGGGCGCCGACAAGAUCUGGGAGCAGGGCCAUUCCGGCAAGGGCAUCAAGAUGGGCGUAUUUGACACUGGGAUCCGGGGCAACCAUUCCCAUCUCAGGAACAUCAAGGAGCGUACCAACUGGACACUGGAGCCGACGCUGGAGGACGGGCUGGGGCACGGCAGCUUCGUGGCGGGCGUCAUCGCAGGCAUCGACCCCGAGUGCCCGGGCCUGGCCCCAGACAUCGACAUGCACUUCUUCCGCGUCUUCACCAACGACCAGGUGUCCUACACCUCCUGGUUCCUGGACGCCUUCAAUUACGCCAUAGCCUCCAGCAUGGACAUCGUCAACCUGUCCAUUGGAGGCCCCGACCACCUGGACGCCCCGUUUGUGGAAAAGGUGGCGGAGGUCACGUCUGCAGGCAUCAUCAUGAUCUCUGCCAUCGGUAACGACGGCCCAUUCUACGGCACGCUGAACAACCCGGCAGACCAGGCCGACGUGAUUGGCGUGGGCGGCAUCGAUUUCUCAGACAGGAUCGCGCCCUUCUCCUCGCGCGGCCUGACCAGCUGGGACUUCCCGCGUGGUGUGGGCCACUUCAAGCCCGACGUGGUGGCGUACGGCAAGGAUGUGCGCGGGUCGCACAUGCGCGAGGGCUGCCGCUCGCUGUCCGGCACCAGCGUCGCCUCGCCUGUGGUGGCGGGCGCGCUGGAAAGCGCGCCGCGCGCCAGCGUGCACCCCGAGGCGCUGGACCUCGCCGACUGUCCCUACAUGUGGCCCUACUGCGGGCAGCCGCUGUACGCGGAGGCCAUGCCCACCCUGGUCAACCUCACCAUCCUCAACGGGGCCGGGCUGGUGGGGCGGCUGGAGGGCAGCCCGGUGUAUGUCCCCACGGAUGAGCCGGGGCGGGCGCUGGACGUGCAGUUCGAGGCCUCGGAGGUGCUCUGGCCCUGGUCCGGGUACCUGGCGCUCUACAUCAGAGUGAGGCCGGACGAUGCCUUGCUGGAGGCGACAGCACACGGCGAGGUGCGGCUCACCGUGGUGUCGGCCCCUGGGCCGGGGGAGAAGGAGGACAGGCGCUCAGACAUCGUGGUGCCCCUGACCGUCCCCAUCAUUCCCACGCCCCCUCGGAAAAAGAGGAUCCUCUGGGAUCAGUACCAUUCCAUCGCCUACCCUCCGGCGUACAUCCCAAGGGAUGACCUCACCACGAGGCAAGACAUCUUGGACUGGCACGGCGACCAUCCAUACAACAACUUCCAUGGGAUGUUGGACCAUCUGAGGGAGCGAGGGUACUACCUUGAGAUCCUGGGGUCUCCCUUGACAUGCUUCAACGCAUCCCAGUACGGCGCCCUGCUCAUCGUCGAUUCUGAGGAGGAGUUUUACAAGGAGGAGAUUCAGAAGCUGCGCCAGGACGUCGACCUGAGUGGCCUAGGUCUGAUUGUCUUUGCGGACUGGUACGACCUGGAGACUAUGAAGGGGGUGCGCUUCUACGACGACAACACCCGCAGCUGGUGGGAGGCCGCCACAGGUGGGGCCAACGUCCCGGCGCUGAACGACCUGCUGCAGCCCUUCGGCAUCGGGCUGGGGGGACCUGUCCUGGAGGGCACCAUGGAGCUGCCCGGGGGUGAGAGCGUGGCGCUGCAAUCUGGUACGGCGGUGAUGGCAGCGCCACAGGGCGCCUGGCUCUACACCGCCACGACCCCAGGAGUCAAGGGCAAGGGGCCCGGUGUGGCCACUGCAGCGCUAGCCCUGCUGCGCUCCGGCAUGGGGACCGUGUCCGUCUUCGGCGACUCCAACUGCCUCGACUCCAGCCACCAGAAGGCAGCGUGCUGGGGCCUGCUGGACGGUCUCCUGGCCUUUGCCGGCGGGGAGCCGGAAGGCCUGAGCCACGCCGACGGAGCCCUGGGCCAGGCGCAUGGCUCCCUGGCGGGCCUCCCAGCUAGGAACCCAGACUACGACUUCAAGCUCGUGUCCCGCGUGCUCACAGAGCCCCUGAGGUGCUACCCCAACGGCGCCGCGGGUCUGCCCGGCGCGCUGCCCAUCCCCGGCCCCAGGCCCGGCCCCGAACCCCGAAAGGGGGACGGUGGGAGCGAGACCCUGGACUCGCGCCUGCGUGACGUCGCAGCGCAGGCCAAUGCCAGCGCCGAGGCUGGCGAGGGCGAGGCCUCCAAGCACUACGUGCGGCAGCAUCCCAGCCUGCUCCCAGCCAUCUCUACGGGCUACUCGAAUGCCGCCCUGGGGUUGGCAGUGGCCGGCGUGGCGUUGCUCAUGGCCCUCAUUCUGGCCAGACGGCGGAGUGCAAAGGGCGCCGUGCUGCCCCCAAAGACACGAAGCCUGGGAGGGAUCAGCGGGGCGAGGCGACGCAGCGUCACGAACGUCGCGUCAUGA